AUAUUAACACAUCCACCUGUCUAUACGUACAUACAUACAUUCUCUUCUCAAAUUCUUUUCUUUCCUUGAACUGAAAAGAACUCGUGGGAAAUCAAAACGUGUUCCACCUCGCCAAGGAAUAAAUCGCAGAAAUGGCAGCAGCAACAACAACCCAAUCCUUUGAUAUUCCCAAACAAUAUAAAGCUAUUGUUUACGACAAGCCGGGAACUAUUUCCACAAAAAUCGAGCAGUUAAAUACACCUGAGCCCGGACCCGGCGAUGUACUUGUGAGACUUACCCAUAGUGGUGUUUGCCACAGUGAUAUGGGAAUCUGUGAGAAUAGUUGGCGCGGUCUUCCUUAUCCGACGCAAGCUGGGCAAGUUGGCGGCCACGAAGGUGUUGGAGUCGUCCACAAACUAGGCCCAGGCUCAGAGAAUGGUCGAGUGAAGGUUGGUGAUCGUGUUGGAAUUAAAUGGAUCGCCUAUGCUUGUGGUUCUUGUCUUCCAUGUCUCGAGGGUAAAGAUGGAGUUUGCUUCAAUCAAAAAAUCUCUGGCUAUUAUUACCCGGGGACAUUUCAACAAUAUGCGCUCGCGCCAGCGAACUAUGUAACACCAAUUCCAGAUGCUCUGGAUUCUAAGGACGCUGCUCCUCUACUAUGUGCUGGAGUCACGACAUAUUCAGCCUUGAGAAAGAGUGAUGCUAAGAGUGGUCAAUGGGUUGUUAUCGCCGGUGCGGGCGGUGGUCUUGGCCACUUGGCUUGUCAAAUCGGAAGUCGUGGUAUGGCAAUGAGAAUCAUUGGAAUUGAUCAUGGAAGUAAGGAAGAGUUGGUGAAAGAAUGCGGCGCAGAAGUCUUCAUAGAUCUUACCAAAUUUGACGAUAAAGCGAUUGCAGAGGAAGUCAAAAGAGUCACUGGUGGGAUCGGAGCAUCUGCUGUCAUUGUGUGCACUGCUUCUAAUCGCGCUUAUUCUCAAGCGCUUAUCGCCCAAGAAUGGAACAUCAAGGGUUCGGCAGUAGGUAACCAACGUGAAGCAUUGGAGGUACUUGAGAUGGCGGCCCGGGGAAUUAUUAAGACUCGUAUUCGAAUGGAGAAGAUGGAGAACUUGACGGAGGUGUUCAAGGAGAUGUCGGAGGGUAAAAUGCAAGGAAGAGUCGUACUUGAUCUGUCAUAGUGGGAGAGAGGACGACUUGCAUUUGCCACACAUAAGUUAUCAUGCAGGGGAAAUUCUUUUGGGGAUGUCUACAAGCACCAUUAAACAGAGCUGAGAUAUGAAUGACAAACAUAUGAUGAAAAUAUGAAACGAUUUUCUGAAA